AUUAGGUCGGAACCAUAACUUCAUUAUAUGUUACAUGUGAGGCAACAGAUUCUUCCUUUCGUCCUUAUUUUAUUUAUUUAUUUACUUUUAAAGCUGACCUCUGGAAAAGCAAAAUGUUUCUAGUCUUGUCUCCCGUGAGGCGAAACGCUCUGAAUAAGGAUUCUUUCACACCUUUCACGGCGCGGUCCGCCCACCCGGGUCGCGAUUGGUGGCUGCUGAGUUUAAAGCUGCCUGAUAACUCGCUAUGCACUUCUGACCUUACUGUUGGAUAUACUGUAUGCGUUUAGCGAAGGGAAACUGAGCCAAAAAAAAAAAUAACAAUUACAAAAAAAAAACAUUGAAGGAUAAGCUGUUUAGGCCAACCAGAGGCUACAGUCUACUUCAUCAGUGAUCACCAAGGAUACGCGCCCGGUGCGUGUAGGAGAUGAGCAGUCCCGAUGCGGGUUACGCCAGUGACGACCCGAGCCAGACCCGAGGCACCAGCUCAGUCUUGAUGUCUGGCAUGAGGCAGUGCGCGUGGGUGGACCCGCUCAGUCCGCUUUCUGACACGAAAGCAAAACACGAGACAUGUUCUUCAGCGGGUCUCGGGCGCGGAAAGAGCGAGCCGCGCAUCCGCAGGCCGAUGAACGCAUUUAUGGUGUGGGCGAAAGAUGAACGCAAGAGGCUUGCGCAGCAAAACCCAGAUCUACACAAUGCAGAGCUGAGUAAAAUGCUUGGUAAGUCAUGGAAAGCUUUGCCAAUAGUGGACAAACGUCCAUUUGUUGAGGAGGCGGAACGUCUCCGAGUGAAACAUAUGCAAGACCACCCAAACUACAAAUAUCGGCCACGGCGUCGUAAACAGGUGAAACGAAAUAAACGACUGGACUCCAGCUUUGUGCUUCAUGGGGUGGGGGAUGCUCAGAACCCUCUGGGCAUGGAGGGCAUGAGUGUUGGAUAUUCAGAACUGCCUCAAGCUAGGCUGCUUCCAUACUGUGAGACCCAGACUUUGUUUGAGCCCUACAGCUUGCCUACACCCGACCCCUCUCCUAUGGACGCUGGGACGACUGAGUUUUUUGUCCAUCUUCUGGACAAUCACCAUCAGUCAGCAUACAGCUACCAUAACCACCAAGAGCACCACUUUCAGGAAAACACAAACAUUCUCACCAACAUGCAUGGUCAUACUAACAUGAAAUCACUCACAGACACACAUUUUCACAGCAUUACUCACUGCAACAUCAACACACACACCAAUCCUAACUCACACACUUCCAGCAAUACACAGUUCAAUCUAAUGAGCAAUGCUCACCCACAGCAAACUCUUAAUGAGAGUACCAAACCACAAACCAGUCACAGUUCUAGUACUCAUCUUAAUUCCCUCACCCACCCGAUAUCUCACACCAUCUUUAACAAAAGCUCUUCUUCUCAACAAGCCAUGCCUCCUGAUUACCUGAACUGUCCUUCAACUUUAGAUGACCAUUAUAGUUCCAACUCUCAGUUGAAGCAUCCUUAUGAGGAACUGUCACUUCCUGUUGACCGUCACACAUAUAAGCACAGCAUUCCUGAGCCACACUCACAGAUCCCUGCGGCAGCUCAGAAUCAAGAUUCUAGUGAAAUGGUGGAUGAAGUGAAGUUUGAGCAAUGCCUCGCUUAUGGGGUCCCCCAUGUACCUUUGCAGGGUUCCAACCUAAUCUCAACUGUACUGUCUGAUGCUAGCACUGCUGUGUACUACUGUGGCUAUAGUAAUUCCUGAGGAGAUUGUAUGUUCUUUUUGAUAAAACCUGAAUCACACAUAUUUUCAUUGUAACCCCAGACACUGAUUAUUUUCAAUGUUCAAUCAAUGAAAAUUUAAUGACACAUCCCUUUAAUAGAGCUGUCUAAUUGAGAUUUCAGGGGCCUUACAAUACCAAAUAUGUUUAACUUUGUGUAGUUGCUUAAUGUCUUUAAAAAUGGCAAUAUUAAACCAUAAUUUGAGUUUUGUGGAUUUUAGUCCAUGUUUGUUAGCUUUGAGGCCAUCUAUGUGCUAGUAUAUAUACUUUAGCAGUAGCACAUUCAAAAUUGUCAAUCAUUCUUUUUUUCUUCUUCUUCUUCUUUUUUUUUUUCUUUCUGUAAAACAGAUCCAAAAAUACUCAUGACAUAUCUUGCUCAUGGAGCAAAUAAAAAUGUUGGUCCAAUACUCUCUAGAAAGACAGUGUCCUUCCUAAUACCUUCCACCAAACUGCAAACAGCAACAUAUUCAUUCAUGGCCGUGGUAUAGCCGAACCUGUAUCUCCCAUCCAAUACACAGGACAUAGGAAUGAAAACUGUGAUCAUAAAGCUAUUUCAUGGAGUAUUUAAAUAAGAAAACUGUAAAUAUUGUCAGCAUAAAAUGAGAUGUAUAGAAAACCCUUACAGAGUCACUAUUACUUUUUAUAUUAUUAUUGCAUUUUUGAGGAUAAACAAGAAAGAAGGAAGGAAAGCAUAGUACAAUUUCCCCUUGAGUCAAAGUCAAAUUCUCAGUCGAGGAACUACUGCAAAAUUGUCAGUCAUUCACUACUUAUCUCAUUAUUAUACACAGAUCAAUCCUCUAUUGACUUAAAUAUGAUCAGACUCUUUUACCACACAAAAAGCAAUAUUAAUGCUAGCGAGAAUGUGAGCUAACAGUUUCAAAGUAUGCAAGCACAAUACAGUCAAAAAAUAGGAACUGUGAAAGCAACAUGCACUGCUUCACGAAAACAGUUAUCUGUGUUACUAGGAAAGUGAUCUUGCUUAGAGGUAUCAGAAUAUUUAAUGAAGUUCUCCGUAAUGUUUCAUGCAAGUAUCAACUCUGUCUUCCAUGUUUCUCCUAAAAUGUAUAUAAAACAUGACUUUUGAUUUCAUGCUUUGUUGUAGUUGGUACACAUUAGAACAGAUUGGGAUAUUGUUGAAGUCUGUUAUGAAACUUCAGUGGAAGCAUGGAAAGCACAGGUCUCCAUUUAAUCUAAUAGAUGUCAAGGAAGAACAUUUCACAUAAUGGCAAGAUUUUAUUAUUAUUUUUAAUUCCAUGUGGUUGGAACAAAGUCCAAAAGACCCACGCAUUUUGAGUGUUUUUAUGUCAUGCGUUUGACAGCAACAUGUAUGAAUCAGUGACAUUCACAGACACGCACGCACGCACACACACUGAGGUUUCAAUGUUUUAUUGGGACAUUCCAUAGGCGUAAUGUUUUUUUAUUCUCUACAAACUGUAUUUUCUAUCACCUUGCCCUAACUCUAAACCUAAACCUACCCCUCACACAAAACUUUCUGCAUUAUUAGAUUUUCAAAAAACUUCAUUGUUCCCUCAGUGGAAUUACUAUACUUGUGGGGACAUUUGGUCCCCAUACAGUAGGAAAUACUAGAUACACACAUAUUGAAUAUCUGUAUGCAAUGUCUGUACUCUGUGUCUGUAUAUUUGUACGACAAAAUACCUAAUAACUAAUAAAAGCCACACCUAACAAGUUUCAUUUGUGAGUUUGCGUGCAUUUACCGCUUUCAUUCAAGCUUUAAGGCAGAGAGGCACAAUGUCUAUGAGAAGCAGCUGCAAUCGAUGGGAUGUCUCCUGUCUGACAAGGAAUGUGCCUUUAUGUGUGUGUGUGUGUGUGUCCGUGUGACAGGAAUUUCUAAUCCUUGAAAUAUGUGUCUCCUCCCUGGCCUUAUCACUUUCAUAGGCACGGCUUUCCCAAACCCACUCCAGUUGUGCUGCUUCUAAAUAUAGACUCACACUGCAUAGUAGCUCUAUGCAAUGACACAAUAAGCUAUUUUUAACUGAUUUGACCCUUAGAAGUAUAAAUAUAUCUGACACACGUGAAUUAUUUUGUUACUGGUUUUGUUACUUGAAGUAAGUCUCUUAAUGCGACCUAUUUUAACAGGAAUACAGAUUAAAACAAACUUUACAGAAACCUUAUUGUGAAAUCUGUUUUUCUGUCCAUUUGUACAUUAACAAUAUAUUAAUUGUCCCAAAUAAAAAAAGCCUGAUUUUCUAUAUUCAUGCCCCUUUAAGUAUUUUUUGUUUUUUCAAUGUCAGUGUCCUGUGUCUAUUUCUUCAGUGUCAAAUGUCUAGACCAGGGGUGCCCACCCAUGGGCCACUUGUUUUGGUUAAAUCCUAACUAAGUAUAUGUUAAGUAUUAAGUUGAGGCUGUAGACUGGGAUCUGACAGUUAACCUUGGUUUUCAGAAAGGUAAGCCCAUGUCAGAAGCAUCACAUAAGUAUGCUCCUGAAUCAUAACAUUAGGAUCACGUCCAACAUAUCUUGUGAUUUUCUGUUAAUACCUUUCUCUUUUGCUAGUAUCUAAACCAGUACAGUACAGACUUUCCUCCAUCUUGUGCUUUUCACUUCCUGCCCUCUAGCUGAAUUUCAUGUGUCAUCAAAAUCACGUGACAGCAAACAAGCUAUACAUAAUCCUUUUAAGCAGCUUUACAGUAAUAAACAGAAACAACAGCAUCACCCAUAUAGAAAUGUAAUAUAUGUGCAUAUACGAAAUACCCAUAUAUGCAAUAUAUGUUUUAUAUAUGCCCUAUUCAUAUAUGAAUCCUAUUAGAAAAUGGGACAAUUUCAUAUAUUGACAUGUCUACCCCAUACAAUAUAUAUAUAUAUAUGUAUAAGA